AUGCCCAGGGCUGGGCGCCUGCUCACCAUGGACACUGCCGGGUACACCAAGUGGGACAGCAGGCUCGAGGAAGUCCCUGGAGGGCACUGGGGACGCUGGGGACGGAGACUCCUCUUCCUGGCCCUGGUGCUGGUGGCAGCCUUAGCCCUGUGGGCCCUCAUUCUGAGCAUCCUAUUUUCUAAGGCCUCCACAGAGCGAGGGGCGCUGUUCGGCCACCAGGACCUGCUGAGGACAAACGCCUCGAAGCAGAAGGCGGCGCUGGGUGUUUUGAACGCGGAGGUCCGAGCCUGCAACAGCUGCUGCUCGGGGACACAGACGCUGCUAGAGAAGGCACGCGCGGAGCUGGGGGAGGCGCAGGCGAAGCUGAUCGAGGAGAGUGCCCUCAAAGAACUGAGCGAUCGCGUGACCCAGAGCUUGGCUGAAGCGAGCAGGGACCGCGAGGACAUCCGCAGUGAGCUCUUCAGGGCUCUGGAGGCCGCCCGGCUGGGGAACAGCUCCUGUGAGGAGUGCCCCGCAUCGUGGCUGCCCUUCCAGGGCUCCUGCUACCUUUUCUCCAUCCUGCGGGCCACGUGGGAGGAGUCGCAGCGCAACUGCGCGGGCUCCGGCGGACAUCUGGUGAUAGUGGGGGACCUGGAGGAGCAGGGCUUCCUGAGUCGGAACACGCGCGGCCGCGGUUACUGGCUGGGCCUGCGGGCCGUGCGCCGCGCGCGCCAGAUCCAGGGCUACCAGUGGGUGGACGGAGUCCCGCUCAGCUUCAGCCACUGGAACCUGGGGGAGCCCAAUGACUCUAUGGGGCGCGAGGACUGCGUGAUGAUGCUACGCACUGGGAUGUGGAACGAUGCACCGUGCGACAACGAGAGGGACAACUGGAUUUGUGAGAAGAGGCGCAGCUGUUGACCCCGCCCCGCGCCCCGCGCGCCCCGCCCACCGCCCGGCGGGCGGUCCCCUGAGCGGUUCACCUUCCCGGCGCCGCCCACCGCCAUCGAUUUCUUCAUUUUCCCCCAUCCACGGCUACCCGAGAGCCAUCCCGCCCAGUCCUGUCAGGUACAGGCCCUGGGACCUCUGCUCCGGCCUCACCGCCGGCCCUCAGGUGGUCAUAACCGAGCCUCCACCCGACCCAAACAGCGGGCGGCCCACUGUCCCCACCUCCCUCCCCGGCCAAAACCGGGCAACUCGGGACGAGCUGUUUGGUGUUCUUGCAUUUUUUUCCCCCCAGACUGGGAAGCCUUACAGACGGGGGUUUUGUGAGCUGUCUUCGCAGCCCUUAGGAAGCAUCAAUAAAUGCUUGAGA